AUGGUUGCAUUGGCCGGAGUGAGGUGGAUCCGGCGUCGCGCGUCGAGCGUCACCCUGCGCCAGACCACCUCGGCCAUCGCGCGCUUCGGGCGAUUACGGCAGUGGCAAGCGGCACUGGACCUGCUCGGCACGGUGGAUGCCCGGGAUGUGGUGUUGCUGAGUGCCGCGAUGACGGCCUGCACUCGGGGCCUCCAGUGGCAGCGCGCCCUUUGCUUGGCCCAGGGUUGCAGGGAGUCAGAGCGGACCACCUUCAUGUUCAACUGCCUCAUCAGAGCCUGCUCCGAAGGACAGCACUGGCGUGGCUGCCUGGAAUACUUCGAGGAGAUGCAGUCACGCCGCUGCCAGCCGAGCUCUGUAUCUUACAAUCUGCUCCUCACCGGCUGCGAGAAAAGCGAGAACUGGGAGAGCGUGCUCGGCAUAUUCGAGGAGAUGCGAGGCCGGUCCUUGCAGAGAGAUGUCAUCAUCUUCAACACCACCGCCAGCGCUUGCGAGCGCAGGCACUUCUGGCAACAAGCCCUGUCCCUGGUGGCUUCAUCCUUUGACGAGCAGGUGCAGCCCGACCAGAUGCUCUGCGCCACCGCGGUGGCGGCGAGCGGCAGGAGCCAGCAGUGGCAGUUGGUGGCCCAAGUCCUCGAGGACAUGAGGGCGGUACCGAAAGGCUUCGGCGGCUGCCACGCCGCGGUGAUGGCCUUCUCGAGGUGCAACUGGCAAAUGAGCCUCGCAGAACUGGAGGAGAUGCAGAGGUGGUUCUUUGUGCCGGACAAGGCUGCGUACUCUGCUGCCAGCCGUGCUUGCGCUGGGGCAUCUGAGUGGCAGAUGGCGCUGGCAGUGGGCGAGGAGGCCCGCUCGGCUGGUCUGAGUUUGGAUGAGAGCAGCCUCGAAGAAAUCGCCGCAGCGCGGCGAGGAGUGCGGCCAGCCGGGCACAACGACAUCGCUGCCGAGCAGAGGCCGGGGGUGCUGGAUCCCCAGUGCUACGAGAACACCAUCGAGGCCUGCGCGCGCAGCAGGCAGUGGCAGGUGGCGGUACACCUGGUGGCGGAGAUGCGCGAAGCUUCCCUGGAGCCUCAUGCGGCGACCAUGGCACAGGUCUCUGAGGUCAUGGUGCGGGAGGAUCAGUUUCCAGGCGCCAUGGCCCUGUACCGGGGGAGUCAAGACCUGGGCUGCGGGGCGAAGAUCGACCAGAAGGGCCUAGUGGACUUGCAUGGCUUGUGUCUGGAGGUAGCUCAGAUGGCCGUCUGCACGGCCACGCUGGAUGCCGCCAUUGGGCUUCAUGGAAACUCUUUGCGCAGCCUCGACUUCAUCGUGGGCCUGGGGCACAACUCUGACGCCGGGGAACGGGUUGUGGCCCCGGCGGUUCUGCAGAUGUUGGAAGACCUUGGGCUCUUCAGCUCGGAAGGAGAGGCGCUUGUGCGGCUUCCCAAGCAUCAGCUGGUGGCCUUCGCCUCGAGCCCCGAGAAUUUUUUCGGCCGGAAAAGCCCGCGAUUCGGUCGCCGGGGGCGGAGGGGCGGAGGGGCGGAGCUGGAGAGCUGUUCGCCGGUGCGGUGCGCUGGCUCCGUUGAGACCUUCCGGGCGCUGGCCGUGCCCUGCGUGCGCAACGCCUGGAACCCGCAGAGCGGGGUGGAUCAUGAUCCACGGCAAGAUCCCGACCCGGGCUUGGACCCCAAGCGAGACAUCGAGGCCGUCGAAAGCAAAGGUGGCCGGUCCAUCUCGGUGUGCGAAGCUUCCCUGGAGCAUGCGGUGGCAGAGGUGGGUUUUUAG